CUUAUAAAACAUACUCAAACAACAAUUUGGUCCUCCCCUUUCCUAAACUUUUCAUCCACACGCAUAUAUUUCACAGGCACUCCCUCCUUCUCCCUCGCCGGAGUUUCAGUGGUCCUUAUUUUCUUCUGCUUUUCUGACACCCUUUUACGGCUUACUCCUGCCAUUCCAACACUCGGUUCCUAUUUCAAUUUUUACCGAUUUCAAGCAAACUUCUUUAGUUUUUGCAGUCCAAGGAUUUUGACUCUUAGCUAAAGUUUUCAACUUUCCGGUGCAAAAACUGACAGGUUUCAGCUAAAGUGUUUCGUUUUUUCAUAAAGAAAAGUAGGAACUGAUUCUUUUGUUCUGGGAAAAUAGGAGCACUGACUUUUGGGUACAAGUUUUGUUGAAAAAAAAUAAAAACUGAACUCAAAGUCAUAUUUUUUUGGCUUUUACUUAAAACUUUUGUUGAAAUUGGGUGUUUCUCUAAGGGGGUUUUGAAGAUUUCGACUUGCAAGGUAGAGAUUUUAUUCUGAUUCUCACAGCAAUACAGACCAUGUGUUUUUGGGAGUUGGAGGGAUAAAGACUGAAGAGAUGAUGGAACAUAAAAGAAGCCCAUGCUCAGUUGACCUUGACCACCAUAGUUUCUCUACUUUGGCAUCCAAACGGCAGAAGGCUGAUCUAUCUAUCUCCACAAAGGAGAGGAAGGAGAAACUUGGCGAACGUGUUGUCGCGCUGCAACAGCUUGUUUCACCCUAUGGAAAGACAGAUACAGCUUCUGUCCUUUUGGAGGCAAUGGAAUAUAUACAAUUUCUUCAUGAUCAAGUAAAGGUUUUGAGUGCUCCAUAUCUCCAAAACACGCCAGCAACUAAUAUGCAGGAAGUAGAGCAAUACAGCCUGAGAAGCAGAGGGCUGUGCCUUGUUCCAAUCUCUUGCACUGUAGGAGUUGCAGACAGCAAUGGUGCGGAUAUCUGGGCACCUAUCAAGAGCCCAUCACCCAAAUUGGACAAAGCCAUCUCACCGUUCCACUGACGACUUAUUUCGCUAAGCCACCAACUCAUAGAAUAACUCAAAUUUUCCAGUCAGACUCAAAUUUGUGACUGAUGGUAGAUUGGGGGAUGCAAAAUUAUUGGUUUUUAGUAGGGGAGAAAUAUGUAUCUAAAAUACGGUCCACCAUUCCUGUUUUAAGAGGGUGGUAGGAUUAAGCUACAUAUAUAACGCGGUCUUUCUUAUUCUGAUCAUUCAAGAUGUAAAUUGGGGACAUAAGUGUAUAACUAUCAUAAACUGUAUCCUUGCAUGGAUGAAGGGGGGAGUUUAUGGUUAGUGACCUAAUGGAACUCUCUACGCCGUCUGGUGUCAUUUAUGGGUUUCAUUGCUUUCAGGCUCGCUACCUUAUCCUUGAAAUAAAUGAAAUUUGUUAUUGUUAACAAAAAAAAGAAAAAAAAAAAGAAGGGCAGUCAUGAUUCUGGUGGUGGUAUCAAUGGGUGGUAGAUAAGAUUCAGGUCCGUUUGGUCUUUGGUGAGGAAAUUGCAAAACAAGGAAGGUAGUAGCCGAACACUUGCAAAACAGGAAGGCGUUGGAGAUUGGAGUUGGUCUCUAACUUGACACUCUGACGCUCAACGUAAGAUAUGGAUCCAUGGUGGGAAACGGCCUGGUGAGAAACCACUUGUGUGUGUGUGAAUGGAGGGAUAGAGAAGAUUAGUCUCAUAGAGAGGAGAGGUGAGUGCGGUGUGUGUGAAAAAGAGAAUGAGUGGAGUAGACCUCUAAUAACUAUUUUCAUUUGAGUUCUUUGGGUCCAUGUAGGUUUUUAGUUCUCCAAUACAUGUGUGUCAUCUAU